AUGAUCAGACGAGGCCCGACACUCAUCGCGCUAGAAGAGAACGAUGUCGACGCCCUCGAACGCAUCUUCUUCCGCUACUCCCUGGUAGUGGAUUUGGACCGUCUACACCUCGAGCCAUCGGAAUCAGCCAGCCCUCAUGAUUCGGAAUACAUUGUCAGAUCGAGUGCAGUCAAUUCAGACCCAGGAACAAGUCUACCCAUUUCCUCUCACGGACCUGACCCACCAAAACUAAAGACUUACGCUUCGUCCCAAGAACUCAAGUCCCAUAGCGGCAGGACCAUUCCUUUUCACUCACCCAAACAGACGGAGCCAGGGAGAUCGACCGAGCUCAUUCCCCCCACGGCUGGAUCUAAUCUGACCAGAGCGUCUUCGGGAGACAAGCCACCUACAUAA